ACUAUACAUUCUCUGUGUAAGUUGCAGGUUGUUGCAAAAUUUACGGCAAAGUUGUCCAUUUGUGUAUAAUGUGUCUAGUACAAGGGGUUUGGACCGUUUAGCCUUGGAGUAGAUUGCAAACACUUGACGCUCAGGAUGGAGCAAAUCUAUGAUGAAAAUGCACAGCUCGACCAAGUUUCCGAGAGUGACUUGCUCGGGCAGGUCCCUGGUGGUAGCGUCGAGUCCUUUGAUACUGUUCAAUCCGAAAGCGAGUCCACAGAGGGACAACACAGCGAAUCCGAUACCAAAAUAAGUGGAGAUGAAGUUACACAAGAAAAUGUAAAGAGUGAGGAGGAUGUACAGGCUGAUGAAGAAACAGAGCCACUCAAGAUCGAAGUUGUCGCAAAAUGCGCAGAAUGUGGUGACGUAGAAGGUGUUUUAAUAACCUGUGAAGGUUGCAAGCUCAUGUAUCAUAAUGAAUGUUUGUUGGAAGCCUUCAGGCCAAAAGUCUUGGCUGGGUGGACAUGCCCACAAUGUCAGUGGAAGGAAUCAAAGGCAGCUGAAGCUGUUCCAAAGGAAGAGUCUGAAGCUCAGCAGGCGGUCCCGGUUGUCAAAAAUGGACGUCCUGGGAGAUCUUCAAUGAGCCCAAGUAGAGUCCCAGAAGAUGUAGCUGAACGCAAGAGGAAGAAGCCAGCCUCUGAGGGUUCAAAUUUCGCCACAAAAAUCAACAUUGGAUUUAACCAUCAAGUACCAUUCACACCCGCAUUUUUCCUAGAUGACUCGUACAAUUCACGGAAUACGAGACAUGAAUGGGCAAGGCUGAUGUACUCACCAUAUCAGCUUGAAAAAAUUAGACGCAGAAAGAUUCAGGAAGGCUGCCAAGAUGCAGUUGUCAAGAACGAGUUUGAAUUGGCCAAUUUUAUUCAAAUGUGCGCCAAGAGCUGGAAAAACAGCCCUGGAUGGCAUCCAUUUUCGCCAGAAUUUGCAUAUAAAAUUUUGCACUUUGCGGACUAUGACCCAAACAAGGCACUCAAGUUUAUGAACGACCCCAACUUUAACUUUUCGUGCGUUUGUGACCCCCCUACUCGUCGCUAUGACAACAAAUGGAAGCCAAAGGAUAGGAGAGGUCAAGUGCCUACAAGUCCGUACCCACCACCGGUCACACUUCGCGGAUAUCUACUCAGAAGACACACUGUAUCAGCAAAUAAGCAAAAUACCUAA